AUGAGUUCAAGUGCAGCCUCUACUGAACCUAGUGUUAAAUCAACUAAGCCUCAAAGAUUAGAUGCUCCUCUAUGGAAGUAUGUCACUAUUACCAACGGGUCAGACAAAUCUGGAGGAAAUGUUGCCUUUACAUGCAAUUUCUGUGGAGGGAAGUUAACAGGUUCACAUUCUAGAGUGAAAUCUCAUUUGCUUAAAAUCAAAGGCACUGGGGUAAGGAUCUGCCCCACAAUCACUAAAGAUCAAAUGGCAGAAUUGCAAGCACUUUUAGAUCAUUGUGACCAGCAGUUGAAUGCAAAAGCUCAACACAAGGUUGCUUUGCCUCCUUCAAGUAUGACUGGAAGUGGUAUAAGUUAUUUUCCGUUGAGAGAGAGGGAGGAUGAAGUCAAGAAGAAAAGAGGGUUGAGUCCACAACUAUCCAAGGCUUUUAGGCAAGAAGACAUGAGAGAAUGUGAUGCUUCCGUUGCAAGACUUUUCUAUAGCAAUGGCUUAGCAUUCAAUGUUGCAAGGAAUCCUAACUACCGAGAAUCUUACACUUUGGCUUCAAAGAUUCCUGGUUAUGUUCCUCCCGGGUACAAUGCUUUGAGAACUACACUUCUUGAUAACGAGAAACGUCACAUUGAACGAACUCUACUACCUAUCAAGAAGACAUGGAAAGAGACCGGUGUGAGUUUGUGUUCUGAUGGGUGGACCGAUGGCCAAAAGAGGCCAUUAAUUAAUAUGAUGGCUGCUGCUAAAGAUGGGGCAAUGAUGUUGAAAGCAAUAAAUUGUGAAGGUGUGACUAAAAGUAAGGAAGAAAUAGGCAGAUUGCUUUUGGAAUCUAUCAAGGAGAUUGGGCCGGAGAAUGUAGUUCAAGUGGUGACCGAUAAUGCAUCCGUGUGCGCUGCUGCCGGUGCUAUAGUUGAGAUUACACAUCCAUACAUAUUUUGGACACCAUGUGUGGUCCAUACUCUUAACCUUGCUUUAAAGGAUUUGUUGAAGGCAAAAUCUUAUCUUCUUGGUGAGACGGUGGUGGAAAAGUUGGGUUGGCUUAUGGAGGUGUAUAAUGAUGUUUGGUUUUGGGAUGUGAAGAGUGGCUUGCAACAAAUGGUGAUUAGUCCAAGAUGGGAUUUGUAUAAAGAAGAUGAUGCUUCUAAAGCAAGAGCGGUCAAGGAAAUGCUAUUGAAGGAGAAGUUUUGGGAGCAAGUUGAUUUCUUGAUUGCACUCAUAGGUCCUAUAUAUGAGAUAAUAAGGAUGUCGGAUAUGGAUAGGCCUUGUCUUCACUUAGUUUAUGAGUGGUGGAAUUCAAUGAUUGAGAAGGUGAAGAAAGCAGUUUUUAACCCUGAAUUUGUGCAUGUCAUAACGGAGCAUUGUGAUGUGACACGGUUUUAUGAUCUGGUGUAUCCUGUCCUUACUACUUGGUGGACCAAGAGUUGCACACCACUUCAUUGCUUGGCACAUUCCUUGAAUCGAAAGUACUAUAGCUCUCAAUGGCUUGAAGAAGAUCCUAAUCGGGUUCCUCCACAUAGAGAUGCCGAGCUCAACAAUGAAAGGAGGAGAUGUUUUCAAAAGCUCUUUCCGGAUUCUCAAGCUCGUAAUAAGGUGAUGGAAGAAUUUGUAAGGUUUUCAUUAAACAUGGGUGAUUUUUCUUCCUCUGAUGCUUUGGAGAAUAAGUUUUGUUUUGAGCCAUUGACUUGGUGGGUGUCCUAUGGACCUUCUACACCACUUCUCCAAAGUUUGGCUCUCAAGUUGCUUAAUCAACCUUGUUCAUCUUCAUGUUGCGAAAGAAAUUGGAGCACAUAUGCUUUCAUACAAGGUUUGAAGAGAAACAAAUUGCAACCAAGAAGAGCCCAAGAUUUAGUUUAUGUCCAUACUAAUAUGCGUCUUUUAGCAAGAAAGAGCUCUAGCUAUUACAAAGACAUGGACUCAAUGUGGGAUCUUGGAGGAGAUGACCAUGACUCCAUGGAACAAGGCAAUAUUGAUGUGCUUGAGAUGGUGACUUUGUCGCUCGAUGUGCUUGCCUUAGAGAGGAUGGGAAGCCAUCAAAGAUCCUCGUCUGUUACUUUCAAGAGCGUCAGAUCAAAACAUAACAGGACCAGUUCCCAGAACACCACUGUUUUUGGAGGACUCAACUCCUCCAGGUUCCUGCACACGGGUUUUGAAAAAGCAUGCUCCAAGAGACAAAGCCUGAUCAUGUCAAGUGGCUCACACAGUGCCAGUACUGCCACUCUGUCUCAGAAUGUGGUUGGGGUUUUGCAUCUGGUUGUUUCACUUGGGAUCAUUCUUGCAAUAGACAAUUUCUUGAAGAAGGCAUUCGUGGCAGCUGCUAUUAAGUUCCCUAGUGCACUUUUCGGCAUGUUUUGUAUAUUCUCAAUUCUAAUUGUUCUUGAUGUCACUGUUCCUUCUGUGGCAACAAGCUUGAUGAAAUUCUUUCAGCCGGCACUGUUGUUCAUUCAGAGAUGGCUGCCAUUGUUUUAUGUGCCAUCGUUGGUUGUUUUGCCGCUUUCAGUUAAGAGUAUUCCCCCGGCUUCUGGCAUCAAGAUUUGCUUCAUUAUAGUUGGAGGCUGGCUAGCUUCACUAGCUGUUGCAGGAUAUACGGCAAUAGCUGUCAGAAAACUGGUAAAGACAGAAAUGACAGAUGCUGAGCCUAUGGCAAAACCCUCUCCAUUUUCUUCACUUGAAGCAUGGUCUUGGAGUGGGAUCCUCCUCAUCUCAUUCGUUGGAGCAUUAGUAAACCCAACAGCACUGGGGACAAGUGCUCGGACCUGUCUUCCAUUCCUACUUGCAUCCACUGUGUUAGGUUACAUUGUUGGUUCUGGAUUACCAUCAGAGGUGAAGAAGGUUUUCCACCCAAUUAUUUGUUGUGCACUAUCUGCAGAUCUGGCAGCACUGGCUUAUGGAUACUUUUCCAAGUCUGGGCUGGAUCCUGUUCUUGCAUCUUACCUUACAAAGGUUUCAUCAAACCCUGGAGCUGGUGAUAUUCUGAUGGGAUUCUUAGGGUCUGUUAUCCUCUCAUUUGCUUUCUCAAUGUUCCAACAGAGGAAGCUGGUCAAGAGGCAUGCAGCAGAGAUUUUCACAUCUGUAAUCUUGUCCUGCAUAUUCUCGUUGUAUUCAACCGCUCUUAUUGGCCGCCUCGUUGGGUUAGAAUCAAAUUUGACUGUCUCAAUUCUGCCACGAUGUAUAACCGUGGCAUUAGCCCUCAGCAUUGUGUCUUUGUUCGAAGGUGCCAAUUCAUCUCUCACAGCUGCUGUUGUUGUAGUAACUGGUUUGGUGGGAGCUAAUUUUGUACAGGCAACACUUGAUAAACUACAGUUCCGAGAUCCUAUUGCUCGGGGAAUAGCUACUGCAUCUAGUGCUCAUGGAUUGGGAACAGCAGCAUUGUCAGCCAAGGAACCCGAGGCUCUCCCAUUUUGUGCCAUUGCUUAUGCUCUGAAUGGUAUAUUUGGUUCUUUGAUCUGCUCAAUUCCAGCAGUCAGGCAAAGCUUGCUUGCCGUGAUUGGAUCAUGA